CCCCAUCACUCCCCCCCAUACACACCGACCACAUCCCCGGUCCCAGCAGCGCCGGCGACAGUCCUCAAUCACACAAAGAAACACAGACUGUACCCAAACACUCCCCCCUCACUCCCCUCGUCCCUCUCGAGUAUCUCCAGAAUCAUCGCAGGGGCUCAAUAACCGAUCCUUCCCUCCAUGCCGCUUCCUCAAAUCACAAUCCAAACAUCACAAAUCACCAUCCAGGUUCACCAGCUGCGUUCCGGCACUCAGAAGCUAUGCCUCCCAACCCAUCUCCGCCAUCUCAUGAUAUGAACGCGAACCAUCCAGAUUCGACACCGCGGCCAGCUUCUAAUUAUGUCUUUGGCAGCAGUGAAGAUGUAACAAACAGCAGCGAGCCCAUCAAUAAGCAAAUGCGGAAGAUAUUGCGGUCUCCAUCCACAGAAAGGGACGUAGGUCAAAUCUUACAUGCAGAAACAGACGCGUCUCCGCGAGCUCUUUCAUCACCCACCACUGCAGGCCCAGCAGGGUCCAACAAGACAAAUACAUCAGAUCAGAUGGAUAUUGACACCAGCGACAAACAAUCACCACGAAUUCAUGUGUCGAUGGAACACGGAAAACUACACCCAAGUCGACAGCAAGAAGACAUCGAGUACGAUACACGAAGACAGUCGCUUACCAACUCACAGAACCCAGACUCGCCAUAUCCUCAAGGGACGAAGAGAAAGAUGUCGUCGGACAGAGCGGCUUUAGGUGGGGAUGACGUUGACCCCCAGCUGGUUGGGCCUGGCAUUCCCAGCGGGAUGGGUGCUGAGAGCGAGGGUCGCGCAUCGAAACGCAGAGGGUCAGCUGUCGAAACCCAACGAAUUGCGCACCUCAGUCUUUACGACAGGCGGAAUUCUGUAGACUCGCGACUUGUAGGGUCUGCAGCAGGCCAUGGCCCUAAUGCAAGUAUUGCGAGCCCUCUCGGUAAUGGACCUCAGUGGUGGAUAAACGAUAGGCGAGAUUCAUCGUCAUCUAUGUUUUCGAACGGCUCAGGUGGUGGCUACUCCUCGGCAUUUUCCGCAGAGUCGCCACAUGGUCGAGCACCCGCACCUCCUGCACCUGGCAGCAUGGCUACAUUCGCGUGGGCUACAGCACAACAUCCGGAAAACGACCAGGACCCUAAUGCUCAAAAUCAUCCUCGUCCCUUUGAAUCUCAAGCUCUACAUAUCCCCAUGAUGCCCCCUAUGAAUUUCGCAGCAGACAGACGAAUGUCUGUUCCCGACAACACACCGUCGGCUGUUGGUCCUACGAGGACUCUUCGCUCCAGGUCGCGUCCUCCGUCGCGUCAGAUGCGCGGACCAGAUCAAGCCAACUCGGGCUCUACUGGCCCCUCGUCGGGUCAGGAGGAGCCAUCAUCGGCACCCUCUCCCUCGUCCAGUCUAAAGCCGCUAUCGAAAGAAGCCGGCAAUACACCAUAUUCUCGCUCCCCAGAGCUGCGUGUUUCGCAUAAGCUUGCGGAACGAAAGAGGCGGAAAGAGAUGAAAGACCUAUUUGAUGAGCUUCGAGACCAACUACCAGCAGAUCGGGGGAUGAAAGCCAGUAAAUGGGAGAUUUUGAGUAAAGCUAUCGAUUUUGUAGGGCAGCUUAAGCAGAGCCAUCAAGACAUGGUUCGCGAGAUUGAGAUGCUCAGGCAUGAAUUGGACAGUAUGCGACAGGGCAUACCAUCAUUUGGUCCUGGUGGUCCACCUCACGCGGUCGUUUAUGGACAAGGUCCAGUAGUACCCGCGCAAUACCCCCAUCCACAAGGAGCUAUGCCUCAUGCCCCUCCACACCCUCACCAGCCUCCGCACCCACCCCUUUCUCGACCAGCUUCUUCACAAAAUGCAUUUCCGCCAGGGAGUGGACCAACUACACACGCACCACCUCCAUCUAACGGAAACUCGAACAAUGUCCCGAUGAACAGAACUGAAGCUCCACCUACUUGAAUUUGUUGUCUGUAUUGUCAUGACAUUAGGGAUAUGUACUAGUAGGAUAACAGGAGUCCUUUAUCUUUGGGUCGGAGUCAUGCAGGGCGCUUUACUUUUGUAUAUAAGAGUUAUCGUAUCAGAGCUGCUUUUCUGA